AUGACAACGAAUGCAAGACCAAUAACUGCGUCAGACACCUCUGCUUGUGCCAGCCUGGUCAAGUCAUGCUCCCCGAUGAAACUUGUGCCACCGCCAUGCCUCCUCCCCCGCCACCAGCCUUGCGGUCCCGACUCUUCUUGCAACUCCGUCGGUAAAUGCGCUUGCAACCCCGACUAUAACACGCUACCUGAUGGCACUUGCACUGCAUCAAGACGUGUGGCGCUGGGGAGGAGUGUGUGGAUUUCAGCGGCGACAACGGCGAGUCGGUCUGCAGAUGCCUCGAUGGAUACGUUGGGGAGCCGGGAUCGGAACUCGCCUCUUCCACCUUCUUUUCCCCCCGCUCUCCCUCUCCCCCGUCCCAACCCCCCUCUCCCUUUCUCUCCUCCCCUCCACACUCUCACUCCCCCUGACCUGACCAAUGACCAUGUACCAGAAUCGUGCAGCAUCAAGACGUGUGGCGCUGGGGAGGAGUGUGUGGACUUUGGUGGCGUCAACGGCGAGGCGGUCUGCAGAUGCCUCGAAGGAUACGUUGGGGAGCCGGGAUCGUGUGUUGAUCUCUGCGAUCGCAUGAACUGUGGCACCAACUCUUUCUGCAAGGCGGGUAUAUGCGGGUGCAACGACAACUACGUCAUUUCGCCAUUUGGCAAUUGCACUGACUUCCUUCGUGACGAAUGCACCGCUGACAACUGUGGUGAUGGCAAUUGCGUUGAGAAAUAUGACAAUUGGAGGUGGUGGAACAACAAUCCGCCCUUUCAAUACUGCAAGUGCAACUAUGGCUACACACCGGAUCCAGUUUCAGGAAAUUGCAUAGUAUCAUGCCCGGCCAUGCGCUGUCUAUAUGGAUAUCUUUGUGACACAUCUGGACUCUAUCCGGUCUGUAAGAAAGUUAACUGCCUGGCUAACUGUCCUCGUGACUGUGUUUGGAACUCCCAAAAGAGCAUCCAAGCUUGCCCAAACACCUGUGAAGCCAUAAAUUGUGGACCAUUGGAAGAAUGUGCGAUGGUAGGAGGUGUGCCAACCUGUAAAUGCAGGAGUGGAUAUGUCGGCCAGGCGGGAUCUUGUGCUGCAACAUGCAAUGCUUUCUAUUGUCCCCUAAACCAACACUGUGUGGAGAAAGUCCCUGGAGGCGCUGGGACUUGCGAAUGCAAAGCAGGAUACGUCACAAAAGGCGCCUAUUGUGCUCCAACCUGCGCAGUCUAUGAAUGCGGUCAAAAUGAAGUAUGCGAGAUGGUGAACCUCAGGCCAACGUGCAAGUGCAAGCCAGGAUAUCUUGGGGUCCCAGGAUUAUGCAAAC